CCUGCACGACGAGACCCCGAUCCCCUUCUUCACUCCUCCCACUCUCGAUCUUUCGAUCGAGGCUCGGCUUCUUCCCGAUCUCGCUGCCGAUGGCGGUCGUCUCCACGGCGAUGACGCAGCAACCAUCGUCCUCCCCUCUCCCGAUGGCCGCUGCAGAGCAAGACAAAUCCUCCUCCGCGGCCCCCACCGAGGCGGCGCCGGAAUCGGUGACGACUGUGGACUUUGGGAACGCGGAGGCGGUGGAUCUGGUACGAUCGCUCACGGACGUGGGCGCCAUGACCCGCCUCCUCCACGAGUGCGUCGCCUACCAGCGCGCCCUCGACCUCCGCCUCGAGUCCCUCCUCGCCCAGCGCCCUGACCUCGACCGCCACCUCGUCGUCCUUGCCGGCCCCCGCUCCACCCACCUCCUCGACCUCGCCCGCUCCGACGCAUCCCUUCUCCUCUCCUCUGCUCGCUCCACUUCCGAACUCGCAGACCGCGUCAGCCGCCGCGUCCGGGACCUCGACCUCGCCCAGUCCCGCGUCCGCGACACCCUCGACCUCGUCGAUGCCACCCUUGACCGCUCCCGCUGCCUCGACGCUGCCCGCCGCGCCCUCGCAAUCGACGAUCUCCAUGCCGCCGCCAACGCGGUACACGACUUCCUCCAGAUCGACGCCCGCUUCAGCCGCAGCUCUGACAACGGCAAUGAUGAGCAGCGCCGACAGCUCCUCGACGUCAAGCGCCAUGUGGAGUCCAUCGCCCGCAAGCGCCUUACUGCUGCGGUGGACCAGCGCGACCACCCCGCCGUCCUCCGCCUCGUCCAAGUCUUCCCUCCGCUUGGCCUUCAGGAGGAGGGCCUCCAGAUCUACGUCGCCUAUCUCAAGAAGGUCAUCGCCCUCCGCGCCCGUCUCGAGUUUGAACACCUGGCCGAGCUCGCGGAGCAGGCGGCCGCAGCCCAGGCCGAGCGGCCCGACUUCGUUGGCUGCCUCACCAACCUCUUCAAAGACAUUGUGCUCGCCGUCCAGGAGAACGACGAGGUGCUGCGGAGCCUGUGCGGCGAGGAUGGGAUCGUAUACGCCAUCUGUGAGCUCCAGGAGGAGUGCGAUUCUCGGGGCACCCAGAUCCUGAAGAAGUAUGUGGAUCACAGGAAGCUCGCCCGCCUCGCCUCCGAGAUCAACUCCCACAGCAAGAACUUGCUCUCUGUCGGAGCCGACGAGGGCCCUGAUCCAAGGGAGGUCGAGAUGUACCUGGAGGAGAUCCUGGCAUUGACUCAGCUUGGAGAGGAUUACACCGAGUUCAUGCUGUCCAAGAUCAGAGGCUUGGAGUCUGUCGAUCCAAAUCUUGGGCCUAAAGCCACCAAGGCGUUCAAGAGUGGGAGCUUCAACAGGAUGUUGCAGGAUCUAAUUGGUUUCUAUGUCAUCCUUGAGGAGUUCUUCAUGGUGGAGAAUGUCCGGAAGGCCAUUAGGAUUGACGAGCAUGUGGCUGAUAGCCUGACAACCUCGAUGGUGGAUGAUGUAUUCUACGUGCUGCAGAGCUGCUUCAGGAGAGCAAUCUCGACCUCGAGCAUCAAUUCUGUGUUUGCAGUGCUGAGUGGAGCAAUGAACCUGUUGAGCAACGAGUACCAGGAAGCACUGCAGCAUAAAAUGAGGGAGCCCAAUUUGGGAGCAAAGCUGUUCCUUGGGGGAGUUGGCGUACAGAAGACUGGGAUGGAAAUUGCUACUGCUUUGAACAAUAUGGAUGUGAGUGCAGAGUAUGUUCUGAAAUUGCGCCAUGAGAUUGAGGAGCAGUGUGCACAGGUCUUCCCUACACCAGCAGAUAGAGAAAAAGUAAAAUCCUGCUUAUCGGAGCUUGGUGACAUAAACAUCGCCUUUAAGCAGGUUCUACAAUCUGGGUUGGAGCAGCUCAUGUCAACUGUGUCGCCUCGCAUCCGUCCCAUUCUGGACACUGUUACCACCAUCAGCUAUGAGCUCGAUGACCCUGAGUAUGCAGAAAACGAGAUGAACGACCCGUGGGUUCAGAAGCUUCUCCACGGAGUCGAGACCAACAUCUUGUGGCUGCAGCCGCUAAUGACGUCUAACAACUAUGACUCCUUUGUCCACCUGGUGAUCGAUUUCAUUGUGAAGCGGCUCGAAGUCAUCAUGAUGCAGAAGAGGUUCAGCCAGCUGGGUGGCCUCCAGCUCGAUAAGGAGGUCCGGGCUCUCAUCAACCAUUUCUCUGAGAUGUCACAGAGACCAGUGAGAGACAAAUUUGCUCGGCUUUCCCAGAUGUCGACCAUCUUAAACUUUGAAAAGGUUUCAGAGAUCUUAGAUUUCUGGGGAGAGAAUGCAGGGCAUGUGACAUGGUUGCUGACUCCUUCGGAGGUCCGAAGGGUGUUAGGCCUCAGAAUCGACUUCAAGCCCGAAGCUAUCGCUGCUCUAAGAUUGUGAAUGAGUUAGUCAACUCUCUCUCCUUGCUUUUGUUGAGUUUACCAUCAAUGAGAAUCUUUGCUGUUGUACUUCUGGAAGAACUCACAUUUUUUUCCUAUUUGUAAAUCAGAUAUGUAAAAGAUCUUACUUCAUUACAGGGGAUUGGCAACAUUAUAUUUUUUUUAUGCAUUAAAUACUUAAUUUAUAUGUA